GUAAUACACGAGAGUGAGUGAGGAAUCUUUCAUGGUAAGUAAAGUAGCAGUGUAUACUCAGUCACAAUUCACUAACAACCCUUCAAUUUCUACUUUUUGUGAAAACACCUGAAAUCUUAAUUCAAUUCAAUUGAAAUUGAAUUCCAAUGAGUGUCAACACGACGGCGACGACAACAACAAGAGGCGGCGCUCCUCCGUCAACGGCUGAGAUUAUCGACGUCGAAUCAUUUCACUUCUCUCGUCGCACAAAAAACAACACCUCCAUCUCCGCCGCCAUCGUUCUUUCUGACACAGAAGACGAUGAUGACGUUAGAAUCCUCAAUUUCAUUCCCAAAAAUAUCCCUUUCAAAAAACGAAAAAGAAUUGAAAAAGGAGAGUCUUCAAAUUCAAAUUCAAAUUCCGUACCGUUCAUUUGCGAAAUAUGCACGGAAACUAAAACCACUCACGACGCUUUCUUCAUCGGUGGUUGUUCCCAUGCUUAUUGCUCCGAUUGUGUUGCUAUGUACGUUGCUUCCAAGCUCGAAGAAAACGUGAUCAACGUUCGGUGUCCUGUUUCCGGUUGCAGUGGUUUAUUGGAAGCUGAGGAUUGCCGUUCGAUUCUCCCGGCGGAGGUUUUUGAUCGGUGGGGGAAGGCGUCGUGCGAGGCGUUGUUUGAUGUUUCGGAGAAAUUCUACUGUCCUUUUGCAGACUGUUCUGCGCUUUUGAUUAAUGAUGGGACGGAGACUGUGGAGCAAUCGGAGUGUCCGAAUUGUGAGAGAAUGUUUUGUGCAAAAUGUAAGGUUGCAUGGCAUGAAGGAAUCGAAUGUAGCGAAUUUGAGAAGCUGAAUUCGGAUGAGAGGGAGAAAGAAGAUGUUAUGUUGAUGCGUCUUGCGAAGGAUAUGAAAUGGAGAAGAUGUCCCAAUUGUAGGUUUUAUGUUGCCAAAUCGGAGGGUUGCUUGUACAUGAAAUGCAGGUUCUUCUCUUUGAUUACUAGUCAUACCAUUCUUUAUUAGCACUCACGCUUCAAUUUAAAGGUGUGGAGUUGCCUUCUGUUACAAUUGUGGAGUUCGUUCCACGAAUAGCAGCCAUUAUUGCAGCAAUUGUAACCGCUAACGACACUUGACUAUGUUAUUAUGUUUUAUAAAUUAAACCUAUGAUCUAAUUCUUAUCGUGAGUAGUAACUCUUUUAUUUUAUGCAUUAUAAAGGUUACAACUGUUUAGAACUUUUUGUAAAUAUUAAAACAAUGUUUCCAUCUUUAUCCGUAAGAGUUAUGAGUGCAUAAUUCCCUUUGUAUCUUUGGAUGCAACUAUGAAGUAAAUGAUGUCAUUCCAAGACUGAUAUCCUUAUAAACAAGGUCUCACCAAUAACUAAUAAGGAAGCUACAUUCUGUAUGCUUGUGUGAUGCUAUUUUUUCUCUGAUUUCGUGCUUGAAAUGCCUGGAAAGAAUCAAGUUGUUAUUGUGGAAAGGUUUGCUGUCGAAUGUUAGAAGGGAUCUUUAUCACUGAUUGUGUAGAUCCAAUGUUAGAAGGGAUCUUUAUCACUUGAAUCAAAAUUUGAUAGUUAUUUUGCAA